UCUGUGCAAAAUGUGACGAUUUUUUCUGUCACUUCCUUUAUAAGUUCCACCACGUUGUAUAUAUUCGGUAACCCUCCUCCUCUAGUGAUAAAGCGGAGGUAAAGGAGAGGGCUUUAAUUUAUUCUUAUCAAUGGAGAAGAACAGAAUCUGCAAGAUCUGUAACAGACGUUUUGCUAAUGGCAAAGCCAUGGGAGGACACAUGAGAUCUCACUUGGUCAAACUUCCUCUUCCUCCAAAACCCAUCUCAUCUCAUCAAGCCGAGGCUCCAUCUUCAAAAUCACCAUCCCCAUCCUUAUCAGCUUCAUCUUUAAACUAUCCUUUCAGUGAAACCCCCAUGCAAUCCUAUCGAUCCGUCAAUCAUCAGCUCUCUUCGAUUUCAAAACCUAAUUUUGCUACUCUUCAGGAUGGUGAGAGUGAGACAGAGUCACCAAAGAACGCAACCCGGAGAAGAUCUAAACGGCCGCGCAAAUCAGUAGAGAAAGUGGCUGAAUCAGUCGUGAACGUAACCGAGUUAACUGAACAGGUAAGUUCUAUAUCAGAUGUAGCUAUGUGUCUUUUAAUGCUUUCAAGGGAUAAACGUACCACAAAAGAAGUGGUGGGUCAUUACAUGGAAGAUGAAGCCGAUGAUGAGUAUGAGGAUGAGUCAUUUGGUACUAUUCGGUUAGGAUCUAAAACUAAAGGAAAGUAUUGGUGUGACGCAUGCAAGAGAAGUUUUCGAUCUUAUCAAGCCUUAGGAGGGCACAAGGCUAGUCACAAGAAGAUCAAAACUCAUCUCAAAGGUGAAUAUGAGGAAGAGGAAGGGAAUAGGAGUGGGCGCGUUAAUGACAACAAUGAUGGUGUUGUAGGCAUUGAACGGAGAAUGUUUAAAUGCCCGUUUUGUGAUAAAAUAUUCGAGUCUGGACAAGCACUAGGUGGGCACAAAAAAGUGCACUUUUCCUACCUAGGCAAUGCUAAAAUUUCAAUUAAAUCUGCUGAUAAUUUGUUAGAUUUGAAUUUACCAGCAGCUGAAGAUGAUGGUGAAGUUAGUCAAGAUGAGCUUUCAGUAGUCUCCAAUCCAAAGACACAGAGAAAUUGAGAGAUUGCCUUUGCAAGUUCCAUGGUGAAUGGCUCUGCAUUUUCAACUUUUCCCAGUCAAAAAGACUUUGUUUGAUAUUUUUGAAUGGGAAUAUAUAACAAAAAAAUUCCAUUUUAUUAUUGUAUUAAUUCUAUUAAAUAUUAAGAGUUUGGAGUUUCAUAUAAAGAAGUUACAAUAGAGCUAUCCUUUUUA